AUGGCAUAUGAAAUGAUUCCCAAAAUCAUACCGUUAAGCCCAGCUAUCAUGCAGUUGCUGCAGGUGGAUAAGAACACAGCAUAUGCUCUUCAACCCUGUUUCGCCACACGUCUGGAGGUUUACUCUCUCUCAACGCGUGAGGCUUCUCAUAAUAAUAAUAAUAAUAAUAAUAAUAAUAAUAAUAAUAAUGACAACAAUGGUGGUUGGGUUUCUUGUGCUCUUCUGGUGGGUCAGCGCGGGCAGAUCUAUUUGUUUAGCACGGAAGACGGACGCAUUAUUAACGCCGCACGGCUUUCUUCCUCCUCUUCCUCUAUUACUACUACUGAUAUUAAUAACAAUAAUAAUAAUAAUGAUAAUACUGAUGUUACUAUGGUUGGUACUGCGGUAGAAAACAAGGGUCCUUUGGUUGAAAUUGUUAUCCAAUCUGAACCGGACACAAGAACUGGAACACAGGAAAUGUAUAUUUGCUGUCGAAACCCAUUACUUCUAACACACGUACAUGAGUUUAGAGAGAGUAAUAGUCACGAUAAAAAGAGUCAUGUAAUAAAUAGUAAUAAUAGUAGAGAUGGAUUAAGUGAAUUUAGUCCCGGAACUUUUCCUCUAUUCGCAUACAUAUUGCGUUUUCAUUGCCGAAAUGCACCAGUAGCACUGCAAAUGUUACGUAUUAUUACGAUGUUUGUAGAUCUAAAGAGUGGGAAUCUUUCUCUGCAGAAAUCAGAGAAACCGUUACCACAACAACUAGACGCCUCUGCCUUUGUUGAUCCAUUUAAUUUUACUGGGCAAAUACGAGAAGAACCACAACAAGGACGUCUUGGUAAUCUUCGUGUAGUGGCGCCAUUGAAACGACUUCUUAUUUCUUCACGUCCACGUGAUGUAAUGUAUAUGCGUGAUGUUGCCAAAUAUGAAAAGAGGAGAUUGUUGAGUACUGGCGAGCGUAUUAUCAUUCCUCCUUUGUUGAAUCCCAACAGUCCUAUAGGACCUAUAUCGAUACCACAAUUCAACACAGAGAAGGAAAAAGAGGGAUAUAAUGAAAUGAGUAAUCUUCGAGAAGGAAAGAAUAAUGAUAAUAAUAAGAAAAAUGAAACAAUAAAGGUAGAGAAGAAAGAGGAGAGAAAUAUAAAAAGUAUACCGGUAGCAUUAACUUCCACCUUGGCCCAGUUAUAUGAAGAGAUGCCUCACUUUACAUUUCCUUCUUUUGAAGAUGUUCUGCAGACCUACAAUAUAUCAGACUUUGAGUCCCAAUAUGCUCUUUUUCUCGUUCAACGGGGUAUAGCUAACUUUAUUGAUAACACUGUGGAUCGUCUACUCUUAUCUUUACCAGAUGUUAUUUCUUCUUUUUCCUCUUCUACUACUGUACAGGAUCGAAUGAUGGCACGGGAGAUUGUUCGUGAAGAGUUACGACUUCACUUUGGUGUAACUUAUCUUGAGUUGAAUGAGGCGACGAAAAAACGUAUUCUUUCUAUUUCACCUGAACAAUUGGCACUGGAGGAGGAACAAGUGGAACAGCAGAGAAGACAGGCAGCCGAACUGCAAUCGCUGCUGCAAGAAAGUGAAGAAAAGCGACUGAAGAUGUUUGAAGAGGAAUCAAAUGUGUACUUUACGGUAAAUUAUGAACUGAAGUCUCUCAAGACGGGAGAUUCCCUCAUGCCAGUGUGUGAAGAGGAGAUGGGAGAGUGGCGAAGUGAAUUAUUACAAACAGCUGCUCAUCUAGAGGCAUUGGAAGUUAAAAUACAACAUAUAAAGGAUGGUAUAAAUGAUGACAGUGAUCUCUCCAAGGAUGAUAAGAGUAAACAAGAGAAGAAGAAAAAGGAAAAGAAAAAGAAAAAAAAGAACCAUAUCGAUAACAAUAACAAUGAUAGUGAUAGUGAUAAUGAUAAUGGUGGUAGUGAUAGAAGAGAAUUCGCGUCUCUGCAAGAUGAAGCAAGUUAUCUGCUUUCUCAGAUACAACACCAGCGGGAUACACUCACACAGUUACAGAAUCAUAUUAAUGAUAAAGACAAUAUUGUACAAAAUGAUAUUCUGACUGGCAAUAACGCAUUGGGAGAAAUGCACGGUGAGUAUAAUCGCAUCAUUGUAAAGCAGCAGGAAGAUAUUGAGAAGUUAAGGCGUGAACUGCAGAAGAGUGCGGCAUCUUUUGGAAUUAACGGCAGUUGGAUAGCGGAGCAGAAAUUACAGAGUAGCGUGGUGAGUGAGAUACUCCAUAACUCCUAUGCCAAAUGA